UGUGCGCGCUCGCGUCGACCGUGUCCACGGAUCAGCGUGGAGCUCAGUUCAACGUGGGAGCCGACGGGCAGCUUGUUGCGCAGCCCCUCAGGUCAGCUGGUCGCAGCUCACCGACCGCAGAUGUGGGCGAGUUUGUUGAAUCAUGCGUGUUGACAGCGGCACCAAAAGCACCAUGGUGCGCACAAUACACGACCAGAUGCAGCCCGACAUUGUCUCAGAGCGCACGGAUGAAUGAACAGACUUCAGCAACUUGGACUGUUUGAAGAACUGCUCUCUCGCAGUGUCUCGGAGGGACGAUUUCUCCAGCGUUUGCUUGAACGCAGAUCUUUUUUUCUCCCUUGUUUUUUCUGGCACUCGACGGCUACAAAUAUAUUUAAAUACAUAUAUAUGUAUAUGAUGAAGUUCAAGCCCAACCAGACCAGGACGUACGACGGCGAAGGCUUCAAGAGGAGAGCGGCGUGUUUGUGUUUCAAAAGCGAGGAGGAGGACGAGGUGCUGCUGGUGAGCAGCAGUCGACAUCCCGACCAAUGGAUUGUGCCAGGAGGAGGGAUGGAGCCGGACGAGGAGCCCUGCGGAGCUGCAGUCAGGGAGGUGUACGAAGAGGCCGGUGUGAAGGGAAAGCUCGGAAGACUACUUGGGAUUUUUGAGCACAAUCAAGACAGAAAGCACAGGACUUAUGUCUAUACCCUCGUAGUCACGGAGACACUGGAAGACUGGGAGGACUCUGUCAACAUUGGAAGGAAGAGGAAGUGGUUCAAGGUUGAUGAGGCCGUCAGGGUGCUGCAGAGCCACAAGCCUGUCCACGCAGAAUAUCUGUACAGACUCAAAGACAGCUGUAAUCCCACCUGCAGCCCCGUGUGCAGCCCAACCAACGGCAACGCCCCGAGCUCCCGGGUGACGGCCAACAGCACCUCUCACUAUGUCGUCUGCUCCACACAGGGCUCCGAUCUAGUCAGCAGAUAGGAACGCCACCGGCAGCAACAGAGCGCUCUUCUUCUGACCGGACGCCAAGACGGACACGAAAAGGAAAAAAAAAUAAAUAAAUCAAGCAUUGAUUACAUUACUAACGCAGCGCCCUCUUCAUAUGUACAGUAUGAACUUCUCGAAAUUGGUCUGAAACCCAUAUGAAGUGGGCUCGAAGAGUGCCAAAGCGUUUUACAAUUGUAUUUAAGAUUUUUUUUUUUAAUGUAUUUUUUAACAACCAUCACCAGCUGCUAGAACAAACAUGUCCAUUUUAAAGCAUUCGGCUUUAGACAGAUUUUUUUUUUUUCCUGUGUGCUGAUUAUGCAAUGCCAAGGUGCUUUUUUUUUUUUGUCUUACAAGUCGAAUAUUUAACUGGCAGUGCACGUAGUGUGUUGGUGAUUUCCUGGAGGCCGGUGCUGGGAAGCGUUGGCUCUUAGAGGAAGUCGUCCUACUCCCACGGUGAGUCAGUGCCAAAUACUGCCAAAUGCUCCUCUGCAGUUUAUUAUUUUUACACUCGUUUAAUUAAAAAGCUCAUGUCAGUUCACGACUUGUUAGGAGCUUCACCUGAAGAAAUUUGAGGAACAUGUGCAGCAGGAUUCCUGUAGUUUCCACCUCACACACAGUAUCACCUCUAAUCAGCAGUAACACCGAGCUCUCUAAUAAAGAUCUGAAGAAUAUCUGCACACAACACAAAUCCAUCGCAGUGAAAUUAAGCCUUAAAUACUCCUCCCUCAGAUGCCCUUUAAUUUGUAUUUUAAUGUUGUCACUGUCAAAUUGAGCUAAUUACAGAAUAUUGCCACGACGAAGUAAACACCAGCUUUUAUACAGUGGGAUGGAAAAGCAGUCAGUCAAAUAAGUGUAUUAUUAUUAUUACUGUUGUUAAGUGCAUUUCACAGAUGUGCAGUUUUAUUAAUUUGUGAGAAUAUAGUAAAGAGGCCUUGGUUUUAUACGAGUUAAUAUAGUCUUUUAGUCUGAUUCUUCUAAGUGCCUUCACAAACACAACAGUGUUAUUGUGUUUAGUUUAUGAACAUUUCACAACCACACGCACACACUGCUCAAACAAACCCUUUAAUAUUUAAUCAGCUCUGAUUAGAUAGUGAAGAUGGAUUGUAAAAUGUUGGGCUCGUUAUCAUUUUUAAAUUACAAUAUUUAGUGUGGAUUGACUAAUUUUUAUUUAUCUAUGGUUCACUGGGAAAUACCCCUCCCAUUACGGACAGGAAACUGCUACCUACAGGAAAUCAUGCUCGGUGUGCAGCCAGGCUUUUUGUUAACAAAAAUUUUGUGAUACUUCAGUAAGUGUCAGUGGGGACGGUUCAUUUGAUGUGUUUUUAUUUUUUAUUUUUUGCAUGCGUGACUGGAAUAUUCUGCCGUGAAACAUCCUGUUGUAUAUAAACAUUUAAAUAAAAAAAUCUUUAUUUAUAAA